AUGCAUCUAAGACUAAAUUAUCAAUCAUUAGACAUAAUGUAAUUUUCUUUGAGCAGCAGAAAAGAAGAGUGGAUUUAUCACCAGAGGAGCAAAAUACUCUAACACUGGAGUGGGAAAAUGGUAUGCGAUCCACUGGUAAACAGUGCAUUCCAAAAAUUAAAGGAAUGGCGGAGAAAUUGGAUUGUUCAAUUGAUAGAGUCAAGAUGUGGAUUGGAAAUAAAAAUGCUAGAGAAAGAUCUGUGGGUACUAUAGAUUACUCUAAAAAGAAAACAGCAACUAAGAGGGGGCCUUCAGCUUACAAUAUUGUAACUGGGGAUAUACCAAGAGGUAACAUGACUGGUAGCGAAUACCUUAGAAAAGCAGCAGAGGUGUGGAGAGGAGCUAGUGCUGAGCAAAAACAGCUGGCAACAGAAAAGGCCAAAAAAAUUAAAAUGGACCCUCUCCAAAAUAUGGACUCAGAGCAGGCCAUAAACCACCAUCUGAAAAUCAUCUCAAAAUCUUGUGAUAUAAUAGCAUCCCUGGGAUUGCAAGUUGGUGGGGUGUGUGUUACAAAGGACAAAGUGCCCAGCUACUUUGGGACACCCAAAGCCAUGAGCUUUUUUAAAGACAAUAUCAUUGAAAUUGUUGAUAGUCUUACAGGUGAGGAACAAACAAUCAAGCCAGAAAACCCAAAGAGGUUGGCUUUGAAAGAAGAAGUCAGAAAGGUUUUUAAUGCAAGUUUUGAAAAAUGUGGUAUGAAAAAGGUGCCAUAUAAAGCUUUGUCUUUGGGGCAAAUAAGCUUUUCUGUUAGUGGUUUGCCAGAGGGAAUAACUUUUAAAGAACCUGGCAGCUACUCCACUUCUACAAUGGAAUCUAUACUAAGCAGGAAAGACCAAAUACAUGUAGCAAAAAUUUCAAGAGAGGAGACAAUAGAAGAAAAGGUCAUUGCUAAUAAAGGAAACGAGAGUAUUGGCAGUCAAUCAGAAAAGGUCAAGGCUAAUAAAGAAAACGAGAGUAUUGGCAGUCAAUCAGAAAAGGUCAAGGCUAAUAAAGAAAACGAGAGUAUUGACAGUCAAUCAGAAAAGGUCAUUGCUAAUAAAGGAAACGAGAGUAUUGGCAGUCAAUCAGGUACAACUGUGCAACAAACUGACAGUGAAGGAAGUAUACAAGAGUAUUGUGCUGAAAGAAUUGUUUCAGAGAUAUCUUCCCCUUUAGGUCUUAUUGAAAUGGUACAUGAUUCAGAACAAUUGGAUCCACCGUAUAUUCCUGCUGAUAUUGCAGAAGAAACAUUAUUUGCCAUUGUUGGAGAAAGUAGUACUGAAAAUAUUGAAUUAAAACCUGUGUUCAGAGAAGAGAAAUUGUACAUCAUCGAGGAGAUUUUAGCGUGUAAAAAGAUAAAAAAACAAAAAACAGUAUUAUAUUAAAUGGGAAGGAUACUCCAGUGAAUCCAACAGUUGGGAGCCAGCUGUGAAUAUUCCAAAAACACUAUUAACAAAUUUUAAUAAGAAAAAAUAAGAGUAAAAUAAAUUUGGUAUUCAGUCUGUCUACCUUUUUCUGGUGACAAUCUAGAACCAUAUCUUCUGAUUCGUUUGUUAUAUUUUCCAAACAGUAUAGCUAAAACUUAUUGGAAGUGUGAAUCAUGUGUUAACAAUUAUGUGACCUUUGUAUCAAAAAUAUAAAUGAAUAAAAUAUAUUUAAGUCACACUUAUUGCUGUCAUAAUAAAUAAACUAGAAUUUUGCUCCAAACAUCUAUUUAGUUCAAAAUUUCGAUGGCAUCUUCACAAUACUUGGAAUCUGUGUUUAAACCUUAAAUAUUAAUAUUUGUUGAGAUAUGUAUUUUUUGAAACUCAACUUAAUUUUAAAUCACCAUUGUCGCUCCAUAUUACACCAUUUGUGAGCCUUUGACAUAACUACCGAACAACACCAAACAAUAUUUUUUCUAAAUUUUAUAAAUCACUGAUCAGGAUUUGUUUAUGCCAUUAACAAUUUUUCAAAUCGCAUCAUUGAUAUUUCUUUUUGUUAAUUUAAAAGUUCAAUGUUGUGUUGAUGGUUAAUUUUAAAAACAAAAUUGGUGGGAGAUUAUGGAAAUUUUCACAUGUAAAAUAACAAAUCAAUCCUUAUGUGUGCAACUCCACCAGACACCAUCAUAUAAAAAUAUAAACAUAUAUUUUUAUUACUUUAAAAGCUUUAUGAUUGACCUAUUCCUAGUACAGAUUAGAUUUGAAAUAUAUAUCAUUUAUAUGGAUGUAAAGACCUAUAUAUCAAUACUAUUUAUGUUGUUAUAUUUUAC